AUGUCCCCGACCGAACCAGGGAAAUACGCCCCGCUAGGCCUUGCUGAUAUUCGGCCUCGCGCCGAUUCGACCAUGUCUGAUGGCGUCCCGGGGUCCAUGGCCUACGAAUUUGCUAAUGCACAGCCGACUCCAAGCAAUUAUCUCGCACCCUGGGCCCUAUACGCGUUCGACUGGUGCAAGUGGCAAACCCAUGGAAACUCUGCAGGCAAGGUGGCUAUUGCCAGCUAUCUUGAAGAUGGUCACAACUUCACGCCCGACCACACGGCGCCAUUGACAUCUCUAGAUUGGAACACCAUCUCUCCUAGUCUCAUUAUAACGAGCAGUAUCGACACAACGUGUACAAUCUGGGAUAUCCCGUCCCUAACUGCCAAGACGCAACUUAUCGCUCACGACAAAGAAGUUUAUGAUGUACGCUUCUGCGCUAACAGCGUUGACAUGUUUGUGAGCUGUGGUCAAGAUGGGAGUGUACGCAUGUUUGACCUGCGAAGUCUCGAGCAUAGCACGAUCAUCUACGAACCCACGGGUAAGGACGAACGAGACGCAAACGGUGGCCGGAUCAGCCCUACCCUCGCACAGCAAACCAUGGCCAAUCCCCCUCCUCUCCUUCGGCUUGCCACGUCGCCCCAUGACCAGAAUCUUCUCGCGACUUUCGCCCAGGAUUCAAACAUCAUUCGCAUCCUCGAUGUGCGACAGCCAGGCCAGGCUCUUCUGGAGCUCCGUGGUCAUGGCGGGUCGUUGAAUUGCGUCGAGUGGUCACCUCACCGACGAGGCACCUUGAUUUCGGGAGCGGACGACUGCCAGGUGCUCAUAUGGGACUUGAUGAACUCUGCGCCACCAUCAGCGGCGAAUGGGGGUGGCCAGCAAGAAAACCACCGAAGCCCCACUGCUAGUUGGCAGUGCGAUUAUGAGAGUAUCUAA